ACAACUUCAAGAGAUAAACUUUCGUAAAUAUCUUAACCUCUUCGAGAACGGUAGCACGAGUUGUUUUUUACAAUAAAAAAAGUGUUUUUCUUGACGAAAAGUUUAAUUGAAAUUAAGAAACAUGCAAGUAUUACCAACCGACGUCGAUAAAGAACAAGUUCAGUCAUUCAAGGAGUUCUUAACAUCGUACAAUAAAUUGUCGGAAACUUGUUUUGUUGACUGUAUAUUUGAUUUUACGACGCGAGAAGUAAAGAAAAAGGAAGACAAAUGUGCCAUGAACUGCAUGGAAAAGUUCUUGAAAAUGAACCAAAGGAUAUCGCAACGUUUUCAAGAAUUUCAAAUGAUUGCCAAUGAAAAUGCUCUAGCAGCGGCGAAGAAACUACAACAAUAAUUCGAUCAUAUUAGUCAUUUCUCAUUUGUUUCAUAGAGUCAAAUUGUAAAAAUUACGUAAAGAUGAAUUGCGAAAUGAAUUGUUAUCUAUUUUACAGAUGCUUAUAUCAUCAAGUUAUCUGUGUAUUUGUUGAAGUGUAACUUUAAUAAAAAUUACUUGAAAUCUAAAAUUUAUGAGGAUUUUAUUGUAAUUAUAGGUAUCGUUUCAAUAAAUGGUAUUUAUGCA